AUGUUGCAACAGUACAGGAAAGCAUUCGGCUCCCAAUUUCUUGGGAAGCUGCACGUCAUCGUAAAUUUCGUUCCGUGGAUGCCGUAUGCCACUCAAGAGCAGCUAAUGAGCAAGUGGAUCGAGGAGUUCAGGGCCUUUCUGCUUGCGGAGGAGCAGGAGUUCAUGCAGGACGCAUGGAAGAUGGUGGCAGACCGAGCAAUGGGACUUAUCAGUAGGAGCCUGAAGGUUCGCGUCGUGGACAUGAACCCCAUGUACUUAGAGGAGGAGCUCCCUGUCCCGCUAUCUGCUCCCAUGGUCCACCGCCUACCGCCGUAUUCCACGCCCAUGAACCUGGUGGAGUUGCUGGAUGCAGUGCACGCAGUUGCCGAUAUCCGGAAAUCUUCUGGCAAACGGCUUGUAGUGAAUGCUGAAUGCCCGAUCCGUGGCUAUGGAGAAGUGGACAAAAGCCGAACGAGCAGCGACACGCAAGCAAUCCAGGAUGGGCCCUUGUUGACAGUGAAGCUGGAGGGUGAAUUCCUAGGCCUUGGGGACAGUCUUUUGGCCCAGUCCGCCCGCUUUGCGUGCGGUCAUGCCCCAGCGGACUCCGACUCCGUGGUUAUUUUGAACCAAAGCGCCAGCGAGACGUCGAUCUUUGGGGUGCUGCUUCCUUACAGAGUCUCUGCGUGGCCAGGAGUCAGGCUCUGCUUUCGUGAGGCCCCGGGCGAGCCGGAGGGGCGCGCGGAUGUGUUGCGACACUGCCAAGAAGCUGGGGUGCUUAAGCUGGAGCGUUCUGCCUGGCCCGAUAACGAAGAGAAUGAAGAGUAUGGGCUCAUUCAGACCUUGAAUGAGGCAAAAGGAACGAUCAACGCAGUGAUCUUUGCUUCUGGUAACCUUCAUCAUGAGUACCUGGCAACUGCAGGUGACGACGGCAACUUGCGGGUGUACGAGAAGCUCUUCAAACAAGACUAUGGACAUUAUUCGCUGCGUGCAGAAAUAAGCGAGAAGGCAGGCAUGGUCUCACUGGCAGUGUCGCCUGAGGCGAAGAAUCUGGCGGUUAGCACUGCGGAUGGCAAGAUUUUGGUGUAUCGCCGUUUCCAUAGGAACUUGGAGUUGCGGGCAGUUCGAGACUCCACUUUUGUAACAGGGGUGGCGUGGUGUGGUGACACCCUGGCUGCUGGCAGCCGCACCGGAAGAUUGGAUAUAAUGAAGCUUGAAGAGGUUGAUGGAAAAGACAGGCUGACCACGAUGACCUCUCAUUCCGGUAUAACACAAGUUACGUCUCUUGCAUGCUUUGAAACGGGGAUUGCUACAGCGAGCACGGACUUGCAUGUCCGUCUGUAUUCGCACCCAAGGCGGCCGUCUUCGUUGGACACAAUCGUCCCGCAUGUGAAAGCUGUGGCUUUGUCAGCAAAGUACAUGGCGUCUGGGAGUGCUGAUGGGAGAGUGUGGUUGUUCCAGAGAAAUUCGUACAACCAGAAGAGCCGCAAUGAUGCCCAGGAAGCUGUCCUCUCUGUGGCAUUUUCUGAUGAAAGGCUUGCCGCAGGGAGCGCAAACGCAAAAGUGUACGUGUACAAGGUGACUCAUGGUCGUGACCUGAAGCUGAUGUCAGUUCUCA